AUGGAUUGGGAUACUUUGUUGUUAGAGCAUGUCGAGAGAGCUGAGAGAGCCAGGUCAGACUCAGAUGUUUCUACAGAACGGGUCCCUGCUACAACAAGAACACGACAAUCACCUCUUGGACAAGCUCAAGCUGAUGAAGCUUCUACUGCUGUCUUACCUGACUUGAACAUCAACGUUGCUUCAGAUCACGCUAGACCGGCUGUGCCAGCUGUAUGGGCAGACUCUCACAAUGUUAGAUCGACAACGGAUAACAAAGAGAACUUUAGGUCUUCAGGCCUGUUCCAAAUGCUGUCUAUCCUACAUGAGCGUUCCAAAGCAGAAACCAGGAAGAAUCAAGAAGAUAACAGUGAAGAAAAGCCCAAAGAAAUAGUAGAGGAGGAGACAGAGGCUAUGUUGUUAAGAUAUCUAGAGCAGAUGAAAGAAAGACGCGUAGAGCUGCACCCUGUUAUGCUCAGACCUGCUGCAUCCCUCUGGGCAAUUUCUCUCGGCGACAAAACAAUGUAUGCCAAAGAUGACGAAAGCAAGCAGCUUGGCAGUUUAGUAGAAGCCUUCUUCAACAGCACUCCAGCAAGCACUCCGAACAAGGAAAUCCCUCUGAAGACAGUUCGACCUGCAUGGCUUCACACGAUCAGUGGGGGAGGGGUGUUAGUGGACUUCUUCUAUCCGGAGAAUCCCCUACCUAUCCACAUUAGGUAUCCGAACCCGUUUCUUGUCGAAGGCUCGAUUCUUCGUCCUAUAACCCUAGCUGCUAUCGAAGAAGAGCCUGUCGCUGAAGAACCUACAAAAUCACCUAAAAAGUGCGAUUUUACAAUUACUGAUAAGUUGCGAGUGGCAGUGAAGAAGGAUAUGGAAUGGGGUGGUUUUGAUAAUUGA